AUGGCGAUCAAGCGGGUUGUCCGUGAGGGAACACGCUCUGGAAUCACCAGCGGGUCAUCGCGGUCGUCUCAGCCUGACUGUGCCCAGGAUGCCGCUGAGUCUGAAGAUGACUUCCACUCAUCCAGUGCAGAAUCCUCCUCCGAGGAGGAUGCAUCGAGUAGUGAACAGGAAGUUAUGUACCACAAACCAGUGCUGCUGAAAAGGGCCGCACCGGUGACCACGCCAGAGGAGAAGACCUUCGACACGCAGCAGAGAUCCACGCGUGAACGGCUACAGAAAAGAGUAGAGCACCAGUUGCAUGUCUCGAAGACGCAAGAGAGUAGGAAGUUGAACAUCGAUGAGAACUACACCACGGAUAAGGACCUGCUGCGACAGAUUGUGCAAUUGAACGACGACGAUACUUUGAACGCAGAGCAAGAGUUGAAGGACUGGCAGGAAAGACAAGCUAGACGGCUACAGAGAAACCGUGAUGCUCUUGUGAAGACACAGCUGGAGGCAGAGGAACGCCAGGCCAGGGUGAUGGAGAGAGCAGCACAUAAGGGGGGAGGCGAUCCGGUCAAUGAUACGAACAGUGUUAGAUCAACACCGCCUCAGGUGACGGGGGUCGAGCGGAAGACCAGUCCCUUCAAAAAGAGAUCCCAAUACAAACCGCAGAAACCACAGGAUAUGACAUUUGACACGGUACACUCAACGAGAGACGGCCCAGCAAGCGACAAGAACAACGAGUAUUCUGCUCUGUAG